AUGUUCUGGUGGGUGGUGGCAGCAGCCAUGGUGCUUGCAACCAACAGCGCACGCCGCGAUAACAAUGACGCAGCCGUGGUGUUCACUGUGUAUGCCAGCGACACCGGCGACCAUCCCCUGCUCACCAUCCCCGUUAAUGUUGGCUCUAAUGCCCAAGCAUACCGGUGGGGAUUGCUGUUGUCGCAGCUGGGGCUCUUUGUCGUCGAUCCACUGAUCCAAUGUCUCGAUGGUAAGAACAAAGCGCCCUGCCACCAGUUACCUGAUACGGGGUAUCUGUACCUGCCGCUGACUCUGCUCACGUUCUCAAAGCAGGAGAAGUUCAACCAAGGACCGUUCAAAGGGACAUGGGCUCGCGAUAAGUUUACCAUUGAGGACCAAGUGUAUCACGACUUUCCCCUUGCCGUGCUCAAGCAAAUCCCCGAUGACUUUGUCCCCGCCUUUGGCCUUGGUCCAGCUUCAACUGCCGGCAAAAACAACUACCCGGGGCCUCUGGUACUGGACAAUAACACUGUGCUCGGAAACCUCAAGCAGCGCCUGGUGAUCCUGCGACAGAUGUUUUCUCUAUCAGCAGACGACAACCCCGAUAUCAAUGGAUCUGCUCUGGCAAACUGGACCCUCAUCUUAGGGGGUGUCGAUUUGGCUCGUGUCGAGUCGUCAUUUGUUCGCCUCCCACUUGAGGUGAGUGAUGAUGUCUAUCUGGUGCUUAAUGGGGUGGAUAUUAGCGAUACCCCAAUUCUCGCUAAGGCGUAUAAGCUCAGUUUGUGCUACCAAUGUCGCAGCCACUGGCCUCUAGACGCAUACUCAGCCGUCGUUGCCGCGGUAUCCCGUUACACUAACCUCGCCUCAGACGGACUGUUCGCCUGCGCCGAUAUUGUCAACGUGACCAUGAAAUUGGACUUCGGCGGGGUUGAGAUGCCAAUGGCUCUCUCGGCUGUUCUUGCUACAAACGACCCGCAAACAUGUCAGGUUCGCCUCGACUCGUCGCUGUCGGCAAUUGCCUUAGGGUUGUCGGUAUGGCGAUAUCUCAUUACGGUAAUCGACUACGAGACGCUGAUUUUUGCCGUCGCAAAAACCAAUUUCACCCGUAGCAGCCGCCGUAUCGGCGCCAACAUCCCUUCACUCAUUGAGGGUAAUGUGCCCUUAGUAAAGGGGUUUGCCCCGGGUAGUCGCCGUGAAAGUGCCGGCCACACUCGCCUCAUGCCACUGUUUGUGCUGUUUGGGUCUUGGCUCCUAUUGGUUGUGUUGCUAGUGCUGUAA